UUAGACUCUGUCUUCAGCGAGGCACUCCCUCCCUCCCUCCCAGCACCAUGCCCUACAACUUCUGCCUGCCCAGCCUGAGCUGCCGCACCAGCUGCUCCUCCCGGCCCUGCGUGCCCCCCAGCUGCCACGGCUGCACCCUACCCGGGGCCUGCAACAUCCCCGCCAAUGUGAGCAACUGCAACUGGUUCUGCGAGGGCUCCUUCAAUGGCAGCGAGAAGGAGACCAUGCAGUUCCUGAAUGACCGCCUGGCCAGCUACCUGGAGAAGGUGCGUCAGCUGGAGCGGGAAAACGCGGAGCUGGAGAACCUCAUCCGGGAGCGGUCCCAGCAGCAGGAGCCCUUGCUGUGCCCCAGCUACCAGUCCUACUUCAAGACCAUUGAGGAGCUCCAGCAGAAGAUCCUGUGUACCAAGUCCGAGAAUGCCAGGCUUGUGGUGCAGAUUGACAACGCCAAGCUGGCUGCGGAUGAUUUCAGAACCAAGUACCAGACCGAGCUGUCCCUGCGGCAGCUGGUGGAGUCGGACAUCAAUGGUCUGCGCAGGAUCCUGGAUGAGCUGACCCUGUGCAAGUCCGACCUGGAGGCCCAGGUGGAGUCCCUGAAGGAGGAGCUGCUGUGCCUCAAGAGCAAUCACGAGCAGGAGGUCAACACCCUGCGCUGCCAGCUUGGAGACCGUCUCAAUGUGGAGGUAGACGCUGCCCCCACUGUGGACCUGAAUCGGGUGCUGAACGAGACCAGGAGUCAGUAUGAGGCCCUGGUGGAAACCAACCGCAGGGAAGUGGAGCAAUGGUUCACCACGCAGACCGAGGAGCUAAACAAGCAGGUGGUAUCCAGCUCGGAGCAGCUGCAGUCCUAUCAGGCAGAGAUCAUCGAGCUGAGACGAACGGUCAAUGCCCUGGAGAUUGAGCUGCAGGCCCAGCAUAACCUGCGAGACUCUCUGGAAAACACACUGACAGAGAGCGAGGCCCGCUACAGCUCCCAGCUGUCCCAGGUGCAGAGCCUGAUCACCAACGUGGAGUCCCAGCUGGCGGAGAUCCGCUGUGACCUGGAGCGGCAGAACCAGGAGUACCAGGUGCUGCUGGACGUGCGUGCCCGGCUGGAGUGUGAGAUCAACACGUACCGGAGCCUCCUGGAGAGUGAGGACUGCAAACUGCCCAGUAAUCCCUGUGCCACGACCAACGCGUGCAGCAAGUCCAUCGGACCCUGUGUCUCCAAUCCCUGCACCCCUUGCAUUCCUCCUGCCCCCUGCACACCCUGUGCCCCACGCCCCCGCUGUGGGCCCUGCAAUUCCUUCGUGCGCUAGAACCUAGGAAAUGCUGGAGGAGCAAGGAUGCAGGGCCCAGGACUGCAGAGCGUUUAACAAAAGGGGCCUGAAAACAUCAUUUGCAUGGCUGGAAUGGCCCCAGUAAGGCAGCCAAGAAACUCACCCAAAGCCUGCAGCCUCCCCAACUGCUCUAGACUGUCCUGCUCACCCUUUCCUUCCUGGGGGUCUGUUCCUUCCUAUGCUCACCCAGAGAACUCUCUGAUGUGCCAGUGGCCCUCCUUUUUAACCUCCUAAUAAAUAUCAUUUCCUUGGCAAAGCA